GACUGUCGGCCUUUUCCCGCCCUUCUCUGGCCUUAGGAGGGAAGUCGGAGUUCACUCUCCUCAGGGCCUACACCUGCGAGGCCAGGGGGAUACGAGGACCAGGAGUUUGCAGACGUCAUUUUGAUCCUGAAUCUGAAGGCUCAAAGAACAUACUUUGCGACCAUUUGCUAGCCCGAGGGCCAGGAGGCGGGAAAGGGCUGUGUGGGCGGAGGGUCAGAGGUGAGAGGUCAAAGAGCUACGGAGGGGGAGGAGCGAGCCGGAGGCGGAUGGCGGCUCUUCAUCUGAGGCUGCACAGCCGCUAGAGCGGGGACGCGGGUCCGUCGCGUCCGGUGGAAGGAGGAGGGCGGCGGCCGCUCCCAACAUGCACAGUCUGGCGACGGCAGCGCCUGUGCCUACCGCACUGGCCCAAGUGGACAGAGAGAAGAUCUAUCAGUGGAUCAAUGAACUGUCUAGUCCUGAGACGAGGGAGAAUGCUUUGCUGGAGCUAAGCAAGAAGCGAGAAUCUGUCCCUGAUCUUGCUCCCAUGCUGUGGCAUUCAUUUGGUACUAUUGCAGCACUUUUACAGGAAAUUGUAAAUAUUUACCCAUCUAUCAACCCUCCAACCUUGACAGCACACCAAUCUAACAGAGUUUGCAAUGCUCUAGCAUUGCUGCAAUGUGUGGCCUCACACCCAGAGACAAGGUCAGCUUUUCUUGCAGCACACAUCCCACUUUUUUUGUACCCCUUUUUGCACACAGUCAGCAAAACUCGACCCUUUGAAUAUCUUCGGCUCACCAGCCUUGGAGUUAUUGGGGCCUUGGUUAAAACAGAUGAGCAAGAAGUAAUCAACUUUUUAUUGACAACAGAAAUCAUCCCUUUGUGUUUGCGCAUUAUGGAAUCUGGAAGUGAACUUUCUAAAACGGUUGCCACAUUCAUCCUCCAGAAGAUCCUCUUAGAUGACACCGGUUUGGCUUAUAUAUGUCAGACAUAUGAGCGGUUUUCCCAUGUUGCCAUGAUCUUGGGUAAAAUGGUCCUGCAGCUAUCCAAAGAACCGUCUGCCCGUCUAUUGAAGCAUGUAGUAAGAUGUUAUCUUCGUCUCUCAGAUAAUCCCAGGGCACGUGAAGCACUCAGACAGUGUCUCCCUGACCAGCUGAAGGACACAACCUUUGCCCAGGUGCUAAAAGAUGACACCACCACAAAACGCUGGCUUGCACAACUGGUGAAGAACCUGCAAGAGGGCCAGGUCACUGAUCCCCGGGGAAUUCCCCUGCCCCCUCAGUGAUCCUCCCUGUUCUGCUCACUACUCCCCUAAGUUGGGGAGUGGGGGUGGAACCUGUGAGGAAAACAGCUCAGGUUUUAUUGCCAACUGGGAAUAGACAACCUCAACGCUGAACCGCACUGGAGAAAAGGGGCAAGGUACCCCACUGAGGUGUGUGGGCUGACUGAAGGUCCUGAUCCCCCUGCUGCUCCCAGGAAUUGGGCUCCUGACACAGCAGUCUGCCACCACAGCCCCAAGAGGGUGUCAACACCAGCAAAUGCUGUUUUGCAGCAUGCCCAAGAUGCUCCUGAACCUCUACCCAGCCACUGGUAGAGAGAGGAGAAAUGGUAAUAGCAACUCUAGGCAUGGCAAGCACCUGGGACCAAGCCAUGUGGCUCUUUUUUUUUUUUUUUUUUUUUUCUUUGCCUUCCUGGAAGACUCAAGAUGUGUCUCUUAAUUCUCUCUCUCUCUCUCUCUCUCUCUCUCUCUCCCAGUAUUUGUUUACUUUGGGUUUUUGUUUUUAAUCCCGAGAGGGUGUGUUUAAUGGAAUAAGCUGUAGUUUUCAGCAAAACUUUGUCAAUUGGCACUGUUUACAGUCUGUUAGCUGCAUAAGCUCAAUAAAAAAGUUGGUCUGGCAUUGCAUCCCCUCUGGCAGACCAAUAGCUGCAUCAGGCUGUUGGGUAGAAUGGGAGGCAGCGGAAGAGGAAAGCCAAAGGACAAGCAGGAACCCUCCACCUGUUCCCCUCUCCACCUAUACUUUCUCUCCCAAGCCUGGCUGCUAUGAGGCCCUUAACCUUGUUUCUGGCUUUAGCUGCUAGCUUUCCCAAAUCUCAGUGCUUUUCCCUUUUUUACCACUUAAACUUAAAGCAGACGUCUUAAUUUACCCAGCCUUCCUGAAAGAGAUUGUUUUGGGGCAGGGGGGAUGGCAGUCUUCAGAUCCAGGUCUUCAAAGGAAGCAAGCACCUAGAUACAGGUGAUCCCAUUCUUGUGUAAGUAUCAACAGCGCCAUCUCUCCUCAUGAUUAUACUUGAAACAGUAUUAGCUGAAUGAGUUUCUUCAGAUUUAAGAUAAAUAGCUGGACUCUGCUGGUUCAGUUUCCCUUUCAACAUACUUUCUUUAGUCGAUGGAAACUACAGGGUUGCCACUUAGAAAAUUUUUUUUAGUUGUUGAUAAUGUGAUAGAGUACCCAUUCCAUCUCCAUGGGCUUCAGUCUAUAACCUAUUGUUGUAAACUGCCUUUCUUUCUGCAACUCUUUCCACCAUCAGCCCUUGCUCUUUCUCUCUCAUCCUCAACUCCAAAGAUGGGAGUAUUGAUCCAACUCUAAAGAGAGACCAAAUUUUCAGCCCACAUCUCACAUACUUGAAGAUGUCUGUAACGAGUUUGAGGAGGUUGUAUAAAGGGACAGAUGCUUGUAGAAACCUUUGCAGAGGCAGUUGCAUAACCCAAGGGCUCUUUAAGCCGACUUUCACAAAAAAAGCCGGCCUUGUUCAUUGGCUUCUGUCUCUAGAGCCAGGAAACUAGUAAUUAAGUAGCCUAGAUUUAGGGGAGGGUAGAAUAAACACGUAUUCCCCUGCCUUCCAAACUGAAGAGGAGGGUCUGGCCUCAGGCCUGAAGAGGAAAAGUCUUAGAGAAAACAGCUUCAAUCUGAUAAUGUGUUGACUCGCUCAACAGCUUGUGAUGGGAAAAGUUCACUGAUUUUUGGAAUUCACCUUCCUGCUGAGCCAAAGUCUCUCAUUCUUCUCCAUGAAGGGGAGCAGCUGAGGCUUGGGGCCUUGCUCCCUGGGACAUUCUCUCCAUCUUUUGGUGCAUUGGGUAUGUUACUGUGCCAAUAGUGUCUUACUUCAUGUCCCAUCUAUUCUCAGCUGGCCUUGGAACCUACAUAGUUGGAUGGGGAGGGGUGCAAUGGGUCUGAUUCCUGUGGUUGGUCCUGAUGUUGUAUGUAUUAUAUAAAGAGACCCCCUCCUCCCCUUAUUUUGUGUUUUCCAUCCCUCCCCUUAACAGGAUUAAAAUAAAACAUGCUCUGGUUUUUUAAAAAUA